GUCAUUUUCAUUGUGAGAAAACAUAAACAACACCGCAAUUUUGCGAAUUUUACUAGCAAGCUAGUUUUCGAUUUCACAAAAACAGUAAUUUUAACCAGUGACCCGUGCAAACGCAGUAAAAUGUUUUCGUUUUUCAAAAGCAAAAAACCUAGUCCCGAUCACACGCCGUCGGAGGCCAUCCCGGGACCUAUUCCCCCGGCCCCGAAAGAGGACGACUUCAUUUUCGUCGAACGGAAGGGAUCGACUCCUUCACCCUCGGGCUCCGGAGGAAUGGCGAACGAUUCACCUUCCCGGAGCCUUUACCCGAGCAUACCGGCGGGAAUUCCUGGCGGAGCUGCAGCAGCAGUGACACCAGUGCGGCAACACAGUGAGGAAAAGGCUGGCCACCACGUACUGCAUGGAGUGCCGUUCAAACUUUCACCGGAACUGGCCAAGGAUAGCAGCCACUGGGAGGUGACGCAGUUUCACGCGAACGAAACGCUGUCCUUCAUCACGAAAUCGGCCGCCGUCCGGGUGGAAUACGAUUUCAGCUUGGAACGGGGCGUGCUGUACGAUGGGUAGAUGAACGAUCGAUGAUAUUAGGGUUUGUUUUUUUCUGAUUUUUGGAGGCUCAAAUUUAUCGCGAAAAGAUUGUGGGCUUUCGAUCAAGCAAAUGUGUUGCAUCAGCUUUAUUGUGCCCUUGCACUGUGGUAAGAAAAUCCUUUAGAUAAUGGAUAGAAUGGAUAAACUAUUAAAUAUAUUUAAACAUGAAAAGUCGUCGACGAAGGUUACACGGAAGAAGUGAAGAUAGGUAAUUAAUCAAUUAUAGACAAUGUUCGAUCAACUUUACAGCUUUAGAAAGCCAUAUUAUAUGUAUACCGAUGUAAUGGUUAAGUUAUAACGAAUAAAGCGUUAAUCGCA